AUGGAACACAGUAUGGGCACUGAAGCGCUGGUCGCAGUUGCAGCAGCAGCUGCCGCUGCUGCUUUUCAAGCCGCCUCAACUGCGGGCAAUGCCAGUUUGUCAUAUUCGGAAUUUGCGAAUGAAAGGACACGUAAGCGCACCACUUUUGAUCCCGAUGUCGAAUUGCCGCAGCUUCAGCAAUGGUUUCAGGAGAAUCCCCAUCCAACGAGGCAGCAGAUGCAGGCCUAUGUGAUGCAGCUGAAUGCCUUGGGAUCGCGCCGUGGCUCCAAGCCAUUGGAUUUAAAAAAUGUGAUAUACUGGUUCAAAAAUGCCCGGGCCGCCCUGAAACGUGCUGAAAUGCGUGGUGGAUUUGAUGGCACGCAGGGUGGUGACAGCUGUGUAAGUGGCUGCAGUGGUGGUGACAGCAGUGGUGGUGACAGCAAUGUAGGUGGCUGCAGUGGAGGUGACAGCGGUGUAGGUGGCUGCAGUGGUGGUUGCAGCAGUAGUGGUGGCAGCGCUGCAGGAAUGCAGGCAAAUUCAACUAUGUAUGGCGAUGACUUGACGGAUUUUUCAAAUGAAGAACGACGCAAACGGGAUCGUACAUUGUUCGAUCCCGUUACUGAGGUGCCAAAGAUGGAACAUUGGUUUGCUAUUAAUGCACAUCCAUCUCAUAGUCUCAUUUUAAAAUAUACCGACGAUUUGAAUAAAAUGCCCUAUAGACAAAAGUUUCCACACUUGCAAACCAAAAAUGUACAAUUAUGGUUUAAAAACCACCGGGCUAAAUGCAAACGUCAAAAUUUGUCGCUGUAA